AUGAAAGUACUGUGGUGUUCGCUAGCAGCCAUAGCUAUCCAUGCAUCGGUUGGCUUGGCUGACAAUGAGAAUCGUAAUAUACUUGCAGUAACAUCGCCUGCAUGGCUCGCCAACGUUCCCACUCCAACACAAGGUGCCGUCGUGACGCAGUAUCCCAAAGAUGACGAUAUCAAGAUAGGGUCACUUAAAGAGGGAACGUAUCCCAUUGAUCUCAACAAGUAUCCCAAACCACUAAAAUUACCGCCAACCGAUCACCCAGAGGUGCAAGAGGCACUCAAGCAUAUCGAUUGGUCAAAAGUGCCUCAAAUUGAGCCUCGCAAGAUCAAGAAUUACAUUGUGGAUACGUCCGGCUACGAUAGUAAAUCGGAUCCCGAUUGCUGGUGGACUGCAAGCACAUGCAAAAAACCAAAGUUAUCAUAUAUCCCAGAAGACAUUUACGCUUGUCCCCAACCUGGUCAAUGGGGCUUGAACUACGACGAUGGUCCAUUACGUAUAUGGAGUCACGAUGAAGAAAAGAAAAAGUGGCAAGAACCUCGGUUUUACAAUUACAUGGUGGAGCAUGGCAAACAAAAGGCGACACUUUUUUAUAUCGGUUCCAAUGUGAUCACUUAUCCCGAGGCUGCUCAACGUGCGCUCAGUGACGGCCACACAAUUUGUGCUCAUACAUGGUCACACAAGCAAAUGACGACCCUUACCAAUGAAGAGAUCGUUGCAGAAAUGUAUUGGACUCACAAGGCUAUCAAGGAAGUUUUGGGUAUUACACCAAAGUGCUGGAGACCUCCUUAUGGUGAUGUAGAUGAUCGUGUGCGUUCCAUCGUUUGGCAAAUGGGUAUGAGCACCAUCAUUUGGGAUCAAGAUUCGAAUGAUUGGAAUUUGUAUGGUACACCUGCUCGUGGCAAGGUUGCUCCUGAAACCAUUGAUAAGCAUUUUCAAGACUGGAUCUCGAAACGUGUAAAUAAAGAAGACAACCUCCAUGGACACAUUACUCUGCAACACGAGAAUAGUAAUUCAACCGUAUCCAUGGCGGAGAGAUGGUUACCUAAGGUUCAAGAAGCAUUCGAUGUCAUGCCGAUCCAUAAAUGCUUGAACGAUCCAUAUCCAUAUUGGGAGCAAUCUUGGGCCUAUCCUACUGUUGAUAAUCCAUCUCCGCCGCUAAAUGCACAGGAUCCGAAUAGCCCACAAAAGCCCGGCGGCUCAUCGGGUAGUCCUUCCACCCAAAGUGGGCAGCAACAAUCGGUAGGCAGCACCACGGUCUCGACAACUUCCGGUGCCGAGCCAUACCUUCGCACAUUUGCUUUAUAUGCAGCUAUGGUAACAUUGACCCUUGGCUUGUUUGCAUAA